AUGGAUUUUAAGCUUGUCCAGCUCACCAACAACGCUAGUAAUGCUAUAAGCAAGAAUUGGAUAAUCGUUUUGACCUUCAGUGCAAGCUCUGUUGUUGCUUUUAAGCGAAGAAGACUACCUUUCAAGCUGCCGCAUAGUACGUCACUUGACAUCAGAAGAGGCAGCGGCCUUGAGCAUGUAGGCACCUACGUCAUUCCAGAGACAGAAUUCGUAGUCAUCACUGCUUCUCGGAAUGGACUCGUUUCUAAGACAAGGAUCAGCGCAAAUUCCUGCUCAAAGGCAUUCAGAAAUCAUCGAUACUUGAUGAAUUUGUCAAAUUAG